AGAAUGGCUGCAGAGAACUCCUCCUCGGUGACAGAGUUUAUCCUCGCAGGCUUGACCGACCAGCCGGGACUCCAGGUGCCCCUCUUCUUCUUGUUUCUGAGUUUCUACGUGGUCAACAUGGUGGGGAACCUGGGCUUGAUAACCCUGAUUGGGCUCAACUCUCACCUGCACACCCCCAUGUACUGCUUCCUCUUCAAUCUCUCUUUCAUAGACUUCUGUUACUCCACUACCAUCACCCCCAAAAUGCUGAUGAGCUUUGUCUCAAAGAAGAACAUUAUCUUGCAUGCUGGGUGUAUGACUCAGCUCUUCUUCUUCUGCUUCUUUGUCAUCUCUGAGUCCUUUGUCCUGUCAGUGAUGGCUUACGACCGUUAUGCUGCCAUCUGUAAACCCUUGUUGUACACGGUCACCAUGUCCCCUCAGGUGUGUUUGCUCCUUUUGUUGGGUGUCUAUGGGAUGGGAUUUGUUGGGGCCAUGGUCCAUACAGGAAGCAUAAUGAGUUUAACCUUCUGUGCCGACAACCUUGUCAAUCAUUUCAUGUGUGACAUCUUUCCUCUCUUUGAGCUCUCCUGUAACAGCACUAAUGUGAAUGAGCUGGUGGUCUUCAUUGUGGUGGGCAUUGACAUUGGUUUGCCCAUAGUCACCAUCUUCAUUUCUUAUGCCCUCAUCCUCUCCAGCGUCCUCCGCAUUCGUUCCACUGAGGGCAGGUCCAAAGCUUUCAGCACCUGCAGCUCCCACAUCAUCGCGGUUUCUCUUUUCUUUGGUUCUGGGGCUUUCGUGUAUCUCAAACCACCUUCCAUUUUGUCCCGUGACCAAGGGAAAGUGUCCUCCCUGUUCUAUACCAUUGUGGUGCCCAUGUUAAACCCAUUAAUCUAUAGCUUGAGGAACAAGGAUGUCAAAGUUGCCCUGAGAAAAACCUUGGGCAGAAAAAUAUUUUUUUAA